CUUUUCCCUUUGGUCACCCACACCGUGUUUGCAGGUUACUUUGCCAAAGUCUGUCUUAUUCUCCCAUGGGACUGCCAGGAGGCACGGUGCCCUGUGGGGACCCAGGCUCGGCUUCCUGUGUGGUGGCUGCGACCCUGUCUUAAUUUUCUAAACUGGUUUCAGAGCCGUGUCAGGCCAGAGGCACAGACAGCCCUGCCAGCUUUUGUUCUGAGUUGGACCUGAGACAGGCUCUUCCCACGUUGGAGCCAGACUACUGCCCAGCAGAGCCUGUCCAGUAUCAAGAAGUCCCCAGCCCCAUCUUUGGGGUCAGCAGCAGGACACGGGAGAGGGCUGGCUGCUCCCAUGUCACCCCCCACAUACAUACAUUGUCCGGAGGCCCAGAAGAUGUGCCAGGCCUGGCUAAGUCUUCGGGCAAGCGAACCUGGUGACCCUGAAAGUCUGCUAGCCUCAGCUGCCACCACCCCCACAGGCGGGUCGCCCCUCCUUCCCUUCCUUCCUGGGGCUCCCUAUCGGCACCUCCGCCCUCCCCCCAGCUGGAGCCCUGCCUCCGCCUAGGGCCAGGCUGGCUCUGGCCCUGUCCUUUGUCACAGCUCCGCCCUUUCGGUUCUUCUAGUUUCUUCCCCACCCACUCUGGGACUAAGCCGAUCGCCUUACCAUCCCAAAUCCCUGGCCUUCCCUUCUGGGGCCCGCGCCCUCCCCCUAAGCAUGAGGGCCUUGGGGGCCAGCCCAGGGACCUUCUCGGUGCCACCCUGGGUCAGCAAGCCCCCGGCCAUGGUGAAGGAUCCCAGCCUACACAAGGACGGCAGCGAAGGCUCCACGGAUAGUUCCCGAUGUUCCACCCCGGGGCCCGACCCCGAGCGUCACGAGCGACUCCGGGAGAAGAUGCAGCGGCGCCUGGAGUCAGGGGACAGGUGGUUCUCCCUGGAAUUCUUCCCACCUCGCACGGCCCAGGGUGCUGCCAACCUCAUCUCUAGGUUUGACCGGAUGGGGGCCGGUGGCCCCCUCUUCAUAGAUGUGACCUGGCACCCUGCAGGGGACCCCGGUUCCGACAAGGAGACGUCCUCCAUGGCGAUCGCCAGCACUGCCGUCAACUACUGUGGCCUGGAGACCGUCCUGCACAUGACCUGCUGCCGCCAGAGCCAGGAGGAGCUCACGGCCCAUCUGCACAAGGCCAAGCGCCUGGGCCUGAAGAACAUUCUGGCCCUGCGCGGAGACCCCAUAGGUGACCAGUGGGAAGAGGAGGCUCGCGGCUUCAACUAUGCUGUGGACCUGGUGAAGCACAUCCGGGCCGAGUUUGGCGACUACUUCGACGUAUGUGUGGCAGGCUACCCCAAAGGGCACCCUGACGCCGAGAGCCUGGAAGCUGACCUUCAGCGGCUGCAGGAAAAGGUGGCGGCGGGUGCUGACUUCAUCCUCACACAGCUCUUCUUCGAGGCCGACACCUUCUUCCGCUUCGUGGGCGCCUGCAGGGAGCUGGGCAUCACCUGCCCCAUCCUACCAGGCAUCUUCCCCAUCCAGGGCUACCACUCGUUGCGGCAGCUGGUCAAACUGUCCCGGCUGGAGGUACCCCAGCAGAUCCGAGAUGUGAUCGAGCCCAUCAAGGACAACGAUGACGCCAUCCGCAACUAUGGCAUCGAGCAGGCGGCCAGCCUGUGCCGGCAGCUUCUGGCCAGCGGUCUGGCGCCCGGCCUGCACUUCUACACCCUAAACCGAGAGGUGGCCACCAUCGAGGUGCUGCGACGCCUGGGCCUGUGGAACGAGGACCCCAGACGCCCCCUGCCCUGGGCCAUCAGUGCACACCCCAAGCGCCGUGAGGAGGAGGUCCGGCCCAUCUUCUGGGCCUCCAGACCCAAGAGCUACAUCUACCGCACUCAGGACUGGGAUGAGUUUCCCAACGGCCGCUGGGGCAACUCAUCAUCGCCGGCCUUUGGGGAGCUGAAGGACUACUACCUCUUCUACCUGGAGAGCAAGCGGCCCCAGGAGGAGCUCCGGCAAAUGUGGGGCGCCGAGCUGGCCGGGGAGCACAGCGUCUUCCAGGUCUUCGCUCACUACCUAUCAGGAGAGCCCAACGCGCAGGGCUAUAAGGUGACGUGCCUGCCAUGGAAUGACGAGCCGCUGGCGGCCGAGACGCACCUGCUCAAGGAGCAGCUGCUGCGGGUGAACCACCAGGGCGUCCUCACCAUCAAUUCCCAGCCCCCCAUCAAUGGACGCCCGUCCUCCGACCCUGUGGUGGGCUGGGGCCCCAGCGGUGGCUACGUCUUCCAGAAGGCCUAUCUGGAGUUCUUCACCUCACGCGAGACUGUGGAGGCACUUUUGCAGGUGCUAAAGAAGUACGAGCUCCGGGUCAACUACCACAUCGUGGACGUGAAGGGAGAGAACAUCACCAACGCCCCCAAGCUGCAGCCCAACGCUGUCACGUGGGGCAUCUUCCCAGGCCGGGAGGUCAUCCAGCCCACAGUGGUGGACCCCGUCAGCUUCAUGUUCUGGAAGGACGAGGCCUUCGCACUGUGGCUGGAGCAGUGGGGGAAGCUGUACACAGAGGACUCACCAUCCCGCAAGGUCAUCCAGCACAUCCACGACAACUACUUCCUGGUCAACCUGGUGGACAACGAGUUCCCACUGCCCAGCUGCCUGUGGCAGGUAGUGGAGGACACUUUCGAGCUCCGCCAGAGGCACCCCCUGCAGGGGACUGCUGGGGAGACAGCAGCCCCGUGACUGCCCGACUGCACCUCCAACCUGCUCUCCCUGGCCUUGUUGCUGACGUGGACAGCAUCUGCCCCUGCAGGGGGGUACCCCCUGUGAGUCUUUGGGCCGGACCAGCCUUCUGAGAUGGGAGGAGACUGACCAUUGCUGGACCCUAGCCUGGCAGUGCAGGGCAGCCCAGGAGACCCUGGGCAGUGCUCGGAGGUGCUUUUACCUCCCACCACCAGGACUUGGUGCCAGUGACAAGGGGCAUCGAGAACAGUCCUAGACUGACCCUCACCACCUGUGCCCAGCCUCCGUUCACCCACAAGAGCCUCUUCUAGCUCCAUCCGUUGCCUGGACUUGAGAACAUUUCCCUCAGGGCAAAAGGCAGAACCCUUAUGCUUGGGGUGGCCUGGAAAGGUCCCCCGGCUGAGGGACCAGGAGGGACACAUGCCAUCCCAUAGGUCAGAGAUGUUGUUUUCAAGUAGCCCAUUUUGAGAUGAAUUAAGCCAUCCGAAACCAAAAUAAAACAAAACCAAAUAUGAAGCUGGCCC